AUGACAACUGCUCAGUUUGAUUGUCAGUACUGCACAGCAUCUCUUCUUGGGAAGAAGUAUGUACUAAAGGAUGACAAUCCAUACUGUGUUUCGUGUUAUAAUCAUAUCUUUUCUAACUAUUGCGAGAAGUGCAAAGAACCAAUUGAAUCAGAUUCCAAGGAUCUUUGUUACAAAGACCGGCACUGGCAUGAAGGAUGCUUCAAGUGCACCAAAUGUAAUCACUCUUUGGUGGAAAAGCCUUUUGCUGCCAAGGAUGAGCGCCUGCUGUGCACGGAGUGCUAUUCUAACGAGUGCUCCUCUAAGUGCUUCCACUGCAAGAGGACCAUCAUGCCUGGUUCUCGCAAAAUGGAAUUUAAGGGAAACUACUGGCAUGAAACCUGCUUCGUGUGUGAGCAUUGCCGACAACCAAUAGGAGCAAAGCCUCUGAUCUCCAAAGACAGUGGCAAUUAUUGUGUGCCAUGUUUUGAGAAGGAGUUUGCUCCUUACUGUAACUUCUGUAAGAAGGUGAUAACUUCAGGUGGGAUAACAUUUCAUGACCAGCUGUGGCAUAAAGAGUGUUUUCUGUGUAGUGGCUGUAGGAAAGAGCUCUGUGAAGAAGAGUUUAUGUCCAGAGAUGAUUAUCCGUUCUGCUUGGACUGCUACAACCAUCUUUGUGCCAAAAAGUGUGCAGCCUGUACCAAACCCAUUACCGGUCAACGAGGUGCCAAGUUUAUCUGCUUUCAAGACCACCAGUGGCACAGUGAAUGUUUUAACUGUGGGAAGUGCUCCAUCUCCUUGGUGGGUGAAGGCUUCCUGACCCAAAACAAGGAAAUCUUCUGCCGCAAAUGUGGCUCCGGGGUGGACACUGAUAUCUAG